GUUUGUUUUUACAUUAAGCCGUGGUUCGAAAUAAGCAGCUUUAAUGUAAUAAUAUAUGAAGAAAGCGCAUAUUUUAAAGUCAUUAUGAUCAUACUUAUAUUAUGAACAAUAUACACGAUAUUUACAUUUUUGUUUGAUUUUACAACUUCAGAUGAUGCUGAAACGUCGACGUAGACCUUCGCCUAACAUCCAUCACAUUUUGAAGUCACUAUAGACAUUCAAUAUUAUGAUUUAAAUUUACAGAAAAUGCGAAUCUCAUAUUUAAAAAAAUAAACUUUAAAUUUUACGACUUAAAUUCUAAGAAAGAUGUCAAUCGUUGAUGAAAAUUAGUUGGUUAAAACGCGCUUAAUACAACAAAUAUACCGUUCAUAUAGGUAAUACAAAAUAACAAUCAUGGGGAAUUAUUUGAGAAAGACAAGACGAAAAACUGAUCAUAGGACGCAUCGAGCAGAAAUAUGUGAUAAUGUGCGGUCGCAUCAGAUGGAUAGACCAAUAGAAAAUAUACAAGGACCUAUUAGAACACAAGAAUCAAGUGAAUUAGUCAUUGACAUAGAGAGACACAUCGAAGAGACCACGAAACUUCACCAAGUGUUGGAGAACAAAACACAUGUGGUGGCUACAUACAUGGAAGAACUUGUUGAUCGCAUUGGUGAGGACGUAGAAGCCCACAAGCGAGACUAUGACGCCCAGAAGGCCGAGAUUUUACAGCAGCAGCAGCAGGUGGAUGAAGCCUUCAAAACGGACCUCAAAACAACUCUACUUCAACACCAUUUAACAACCAAUUCUACCCUUUCGCUGGGGCCGUUCUUUCGUCAUGGUGACUCCCGCCUGGAGGAUUUUUACAUGCCUCCAAGGCUUUUUGAAGUAUUGCAAAAAAUAAAGAUUGAUACCGAGAACCGGGCAACAGAAAACCAGAAAUCUCGUAUUACAUCACUUGAACAGCUUCUGACACCUAAUGAUAAAACGAACAAAAUCACAAUCAUAACCGCGAAUGCUGGUGUUGGUAAAACCUCAUUUUGUAAGUUUGUAGCUGUUUUGUGGUGCGCAUUGCAUGACGACCAAACGGAUACAAUCAGCAAAUUUAAAGUGAGGUUUGACAUUCCCUUUGAUUCUUUAGAAGACAUACCCUAUCUCCUCUACAUUCCCAUGAGGGAUAUUCCACCAAACCGCACCCAUUCCAUUGAAGACAUCAUCUUUGCUCACUUGGAAAAUGAGAUUGGAUACCAGAAGCAAAACCGAGAAAAACUGGAAAGGGUAUUCAUAGACGAACGUUGUUUAGUCAUCUUAGAUGGAAUGGACGAGACUUCUUUGUCAACGUUGAACUCACCAAUGGCAAACCGGAAGUACAGCAUAAUUAUAACAUGCCGCCCAUGGAAACUCGCAGAUAUGGCAUUGCCGAAGUACAUGCAUGUUAGUAUUGACGAUCUUAGCCAAAAUUCCCCAAAACAGCUGUUUGAACACGUGAAUCAAAUCUUAAACAUUUUUUACGGGACAACUUUUGAAGUUGAAGACUUCUUUGCCACUUUAAAAACACUGAAACUGCAGUCACUUUCCUCCAACACGCUCGUUGGACUCCAACUUUACUGCGUCUGGCAAGAUCGAAGUAUGGACGACGAAACACCAGAAAAUAACAAAACUAGUGUAAUGUUUGGGCCAACAAGAUCACACAUCUAUGCAGAUAUAUUGGAAAUGAUGUUCAGCUUAGUAAACAACAAAAGCAAAGAUAGCUCAGAACGUCCACAUACACCAUCUCCCGCACAAAGGACUCUUCCUAAAUGUUUUGAAGGACGGAAGCUGUGUAAAGCAAAAUCUUCUUUAAUUUAUGGAACAGGAAAAGUUGCUUUUGAGAUGUUAAUUAACUCGAAGAACAAUUUUAACGAGGCAACCAUGAAUUCGUUACAAGAUAAGCAAUUUCUUUUACAUUCAGGACUGAUCUCAGCCGAUAGGUCACACAAGUGCAGUAUUGAAAGCAAAGUGUACCGAUUUCUACACAAAACCUACCUGGAAAUGUUAGCAGCAUUAUAUAUUUCGUCACUGGAUUUCAAGAGUGACGACUGGCUUGCGUUUGAGAACAACUUUAAUACUGCGUUUUCACCGGACUUAAUGUCCUUCCUGUGCGUGAUGAAUUACGAGCAUGGCCGGCGAUGUUCGGAAAUGUUCGGGGAUACGAAGCGGGAGUUUUACAGAGGACAUACAUUUUAUAGAAAUGAGAUAAUCGAGUACCAAGACGCCGUGCUACUUUCGUACAACGAAUGUGUAAAUAAUGCCCCGGCCCAGGUGGAGGUGUUCUGGGUCUACAUCAAGGAUGACAUGGUAGAGAAGACACCCCCAAUGGAGGUGACAUUCGCACAAGGGGAACAGUUUACAGAGAAAUUACGAAAGCUCAGUCUGUACAACGUUACUUUUAAUGAAACCCUUAAUAUACGGGAGUGUGAUAAACUACAAAAACUGCAGCUGGGCACAUUAACAUUUUCUGACGACUUCCACCUGGACCUGUCCUCCUGCACGGACCUGACUGGAGUAACACUACAGAAUCACCGUCUCCACCAUGUGACCAUCGCCCCGGCCCAGGUGGAGGAGUUCUGGGUCUACAUUAAGGAUGACAUGGUAGAGAAGACACCCCCAAUGGAGGUGACAUUCGCACAAGGGGAACAGUUUACAGAGAAAUUACGAGAGCUCAUUCUGUACAACGUUACUUUUAAUGAAACCCUUAAUAUACGGCAGUGUGAUAAACUACAAAAACUGCAGCUGGGCACAUUAACAUUUCCUGACGACUUUCACCUGGACCUUUCCUCAUUCACGGACCUGACUGAAGUAACACUAUGGAAUCUCCGUCUCCACCAUGUGACCAUCGCCCCGGCCCAGCUGGAGGAGUUCUGGGUCUACAUCAAGGAUGACAUGCGGGAGAAGACACUCCCAAUGGAGGUGACAUUCGCACAAGGGGAACAGUUUACAGAGAAAUUACGAAAGCUCAGUCUGAUAAACGUUACUUUUAAUGAAACCCUUAUUAUACGGCAGUGUGAUAAACUACAAAAACUGCAGCUGGACACAUUAACAUUUCCUGACGACUUCCACCUGGACCUGUCCUCCUGCACGGACCUGACUGAAGUAACACUACAGAAUCUCCGUCUCCACCAUGUGACCAUAGCCCCGGCCCAGGUGGAGAAGUUCUGGGUCUACAUCAAUGAUGACAUGCUGGAGAAGACACUCCCAAUGGAGGUAACAUUCGCACAAGGAGAACAGUUUACAGAGAAAUUACGACAGCUCAGUCUGAUAAACGUUACUUUUAAUGAAACCCUUAUUAUACGGCAGUGUGAUAAACUACAAAAACUGCAGCUGGGCACAUUAACAUUUCCUGACGACUUUCACCUGGACCUUUCCUCAUUCACGGACCUGACUGAAUAUAACACUACGGAAUCUCCGUCUCCACCAUGUGACCAUCGCCCCGGCCCAGCUGGAGGAGUUCUGGGUCUACAUCAAGGAUGA